CGUUGGCGUGAUGACGUAGGGCCCGUGGAAGUGCGGAUUAGGGCGCAGGUUUAGAAAUAGCGCGGGGCCGAGGUUCCCCGUGGCUCCCCUUGGCCUUUGGGAUUGCUGGUUCUGCCGUUUCCGUUCCGCCCUAUCGGGGAGCGAGAAGAUUAGGAGGGGUUUUGUAGGGGCAGGGCUGGAGCCCCUGAAGCGCCUCAGGGCAGGGCUGCGGCCCGGAAGAGGGGAACAGCCCAGAGAGUAGGAGAAGGUAGGGGCCCCCGCAGACAGGGUCUGAACCGGCUGGCACCAAGGGUGGUCCCGCGGAAGAACGAGGGCAGCCGCACUAUGUUCGGGGCCCGGUGCCUGCUCCGACCCCUGCGCUCCUGUUCUUCCGCUCCCUGCCCGAAACACAAACCUCCAGCCAAACUGAGAGUGCGGGACGCUCUCCGAGCUCAGAACACGAGUGGGGAGCGCGUUAAGGUCCAGGGAUGGAUUCGUUCAGUCCGGUCCCAGAAAGAAGUCUUGUUCCUGCAUGUAAAUGAUGGAUCAUCUUUGGAAAGCCUUCAGGUUGUUGCAGAUCCAAGCUUUGACAGUAGAGAAUUGGCUUUUGGGAGUUCUGUGGAAGUUCAAGGGCAGCUGGUAAAAAGUCCAUCCAAAGGACAAAACAUGGAACUGAAGGCAGAAAAAAUUGAAGUAGUUGGAAAUUGUGAUGUUAAGACUUUCCCUAUUAAAUAUAAAGAGAGGCAUCCUCUGGAAUAUUUGAGACGGUAUCCUCACCUUAGGUGUAGGACUAAUGUUCUGGGUUCUAUAUUGAGGGUUCGCAGUGAAGCCACGGCUGCCAUUCAUUCUUUCUUUAAGGACAAUGGCUUUGUGCAUAUUCAUACCCCAAUAAUAACAUCCAAUGACUGUGAGGGGGCUGGAGAACUUUUUCAAGUUGAACCUUCAAGCAAAAUGAAGGUAUCUGAGGAGAAUUUCUUCAAUGUUCCUGCUUUCUUGACUGUCUCAGGACAACUUCAUCUAGAAGUGAUGUCAGGAGCUUUUACUCAAGUGUUUACCUUUGGUCCAACGUUCCGAGCUGAGAAUUCACAGAGCCGGAGACACCUGGCAGAGUUUUAUAUGGUAGAAGCAGAAAUUUCUUUUGUUGAGAGCCUUAAAGAUCUCAUGCAGGUUAUGGAGGGGCUCUUCAAGACUACCGUAAUGAUGGUUCUCUCAAAUUGUCCUGAAGAUGUUGAACUCUGUCACAAAUUCAUAGCUCCUGGCCAAAAGGAUAGAUUAGAACAUAUGCUGAAAAACAACUUUUUAAUCAUGUCUUAUACUGAAGCUGUGGAAAUCUUAAAGCAGGCAUCCCAGAACUUCACCUUCACCCCAGAGUGGGGCACUGAUCUACACACUGAACAUGAAAAGUACUUGGUGAAGCACUGUGGCAACAUACCGGUCUUUGUCGUUAAUUAUCCAUUAGUGCUCAAGCCUUUCUACAUGAGGGAUAAUGAAGACGGCCCUCAGCACACAGUUGCUGCUGUUGAUCUCCUGGUCCCAGGAGUUGGGGAGCUCUUUGGAGGAAGCCUCAGAGAGGAACGGUACCAUUUCUUAGAGCAGCAACUGGCUAGAUUAGGACUGACAGAAGCCUACCAAUGGUAUCUGGACCUUCGUCGAUUUGGAUCCGUGCCACAUGGAGGUUUUGGAAUGGGAUUUGAACGCUACCUGCAGUGCAUCUUGGGAGUUGACAAUAUCAAAGAUGUUAUCCCUUUUCCAAGGUUUACUCAUUCGUGUCUUUUAUAGCUAGAUGUUUCGUUAAGGACAAUCACCCUGUAGCAGAGACACUGCACAUGAAUAUGCAUGCAGGGCAUUGCAUGUUUGGAUUUUAGAAAUGCAGACAUUUUCAAUGUGUAAUUGUUUUGCUAUAAAGUAUAGCAUAUGAAAAAUAGAAAUGAUCGUGAUUUUCUUAGAAAGUUAAGGGCACUUCAUGGAAAGAUGAACUCCCCCAAGAAGAGGUACCCAAAGCAAGUAGAACCUCAAAUCUAUUACCUCAAUUAAGAAGAAAUGAAGAAAUUGAACUAGAUAGUCUCGAAGGCCCCUUCAGACUCUAAGACAGGAUGAGAUUGUGUAUUUUACUUUGUCUUUACUCAUUAGAUCACUGGCCUCGUGUAACCUUUGAUAAACAACUAGUAGCUAAAAAUAAAAUGUUGGAUCUUUUCUCCCUUGCUGUUUAACUUGUGACUAAUUCCCAUCUUAUUCUGAGUGUUUUACUAAACAUUACAGAAGAAAAUAGUCCUUCUUCAGGUCUCAUCCAAAUAGUAUUAAUUGGCAUAAUGAAAUUGCUACGUGAAUUGAAAUCUUUCUUCAAACUACAUGAAAAAAUCAUAUUUAACGACUGUCUUUAAGUACCAUCGAGUCAGUUCCGACUCAUACUGACCCUUUGUACAACAGAGCAAAAUACUGCCUGAUCUUGCCCCAUCCUCACAAUCGUUGCUGUGGUUGAGCCCAUCAUUGCAGCCACUGUGUCAGUUUCUCACUGAGGGUCUUCUUCUCUUUCCCUGACCCUCUGCUUUACCAAGCAUGAUGCCCUUCUCCAGAGACUGUACCCUCCUGAUAACAUGUCCAAAAUACAUGAGACAAAGUGUCUCCAUCCUCGCUUCUAAGGACCAUUCUGGCUAUACUUCUUCCAAGACAAUUUGUUCUUCUGGCAGUUCAUGGUAUAUUUAAUAUUCUUUGCCAGCACCAUAAUUCAAAGGCAUCAAGUCUUCUUCAGUCUUCCUUAUUCAUCAUCCAGCUUUCACAUAUAUUCAAGGCAUCUGACAACACCAUGGCUUAAGUCAGGCACAUCUAAGUCCUCAAAGUGACAUCUUUACUUCUUAACACUUUAAAGAGAUCUUUUGCAGCACAUUUGCCCAAAGCAAUACAUUGUUUGAUUUCCUGACUGCUGCUUCCAUGAGCGUUGAUUGCAGAUCCAAGUAAAAUGAAAUCCUUGACAGCUUCACUAUUUUCUCCAUUUAUCAUGAUGAUUUAACAACUUUUGGUCUUUGAUUAAGGAUUCCUGGUGGCACAGUGGUUAAGCGCCUGAUAGCUAACUGAAAGGUCGGUGGUUUGAACCUACCAGCCACUCAGCAGGAGAAAGAUGAGCAAUCUGCUUCUGUAAAGAUUUACAGCUUUGGAAACCUACGGGGCAGUUCUACUCUGUCCUGUUGAGUCACCAUGAGUAGGAACCAACUCGACGGCAGGGGGUGUGGGUUGGAUCUUUAAUUAGGAUCCCUAGGUGGCACAAACAAUUUGCACUCAACUACUUAGCCUAAAGGUUGGCAGUACAAAGCGGUGCCACAGAAAAAAAAAGCCCUGGCAAUCUGCUUCUGUAAAGAUUAUAGCCAAGAAAACCCUAUGGAGCAGUUCUACUCUGGCACACUUGGGAUCACCAUGAAUCAGAAUCUACUUGACGGAAGUGGGUUUCAUUUUUGGUCUGGUUCUUUAACUGUAAAAACUAAUGAGAUGUUUUGGAGCCCUGGUGGCACAGUGGUUAAGAGGUCAGCUGCUUAGAAAUAGAACCAUCAUACUCCUCAGAAUGUAUGCUAGAGAAAUAAGAGCCUUCACACAAACAGAUAUAUGCACACCCGUGUUCAUUACAGCACUGUUUACAAUAGCAAAAAGAUGGAAGCAACCAAGGUGCCCAUCGACAGAUGAAUGGAUAAAUAAAUUAUGGUAUAUUCACAUAAUGAAAUACUACACAAUGAUUAAGAACAACGAUGAAUCCAUGAAACAUAACAUGGAGGAAUCUGGAGGCGUUAUGCUGAGUAAAAUUAGUUGCAAAAGGACAAAUGUUGUAUGAGACCACUAUUAUGAGAACUCAAGAAAUAGUUUAACACUGGUACACUGCUGGUGGGAAUGUAAAAUGGUAUAGCCACUUUGGAAAUCAAUUUGGCACUUCCUUAAAAAGCUAGAAAUAGAACUACCAUACGACCCAGCAAUUCCAGUCCUUAGAAUAUACCCUAAGGAAAUAAGAGCCUUCACACGAACAGAUAUAUGUACACCGAUGUUCAUUGCACCACUGUUUACAAUAAUAAGAUGGAAGCAACCAAGGUGCCCAUCAAUGGAUAAAUUAUGAUACAUUCACACAAUGGAAUACUACACAACAAUUAAGAACAAUCAUGAAUCUCUAAAACAUUUCAUAACAUGGAGGAAUCUGGAGGGCAUUAUGCUGAGUGAAAUUGUCAGUUGCAAAAGGACAAAUAUUGUGAGACCACUAUUACAAGAAAUCUAGAUAAAGUUUAAACCAAAACCAAAAAAAAAACCCACAGCGAUUAAGUCGAUUCUGACUCAUAGUGACCCCAUAAGACAGAAUAGAACUGCCCCAUAGAGUUUCUAAGGAGCACCUGGCGGAUUUGAACAGCCCACCUCUUGGUUAGCAGCUGUAGCACUUAACCACUACGCCACCAGGAUUUCAAAAAUUUAAACACAAAUUUUUUCGUUUUUUGUUUUUUAAGUUUAAACACAGAUGAAAAUAUUCUUUGAUGGUUACAAGGGUGGGGAGGGAGAGAGAGGGAUAUUUACUUACUACAUAGUAGACAAAAAAUUUUUUUUAGGUGAAGGGAAGGGCAACACAUAACACAGGGAGAGUCAGUGCAACUGGACUAAACCAAAAUCAAAGAAGUUUCCUGAAUACAACCAAAAGCUUUGAAGGCCAGAGUAGCAGGUCUGGGGACCAUGGUUUCGGGGGACAUCUAAGUCAAUUGGCAUAACAAAAUGUAUUAAAACAUUCUGCAUUCCACUUUGGUGAGAGGUGUCUGGGGUCUUGAACGCUACCAAGUGGCCAUCUAAGAUGCAUCAAUUGGUCUCAGCCCACCUGGAGCAAAGGAGAAUGAAGAACACCAAAGACAGAAGGUAAACAUGAGCCCAAGAGACAGAAAGGGCCACAUAAACCGGAGACUACAUCAGCCUGAGACCAGAGGAACUAGAUGCCGCCUGGCUACAACCAAUGACUGCCCUGACAGGGAACAUAACAGAAUCCCUAAUGUAGCAGGAGAACAGUGGGAUGCAGACCUCAAAUUCUCAUAAAAAGACCGGACUUAAUGGUCUGAAUGAGACUUGAGGGACGCCAGAGGUCAUGGUCCCCAGACCUUUUGUUAGCCCAAGACUGGAACCAUUCCUGAAGCCAACUCUUCAGACAGGGAUUGGACUGGACUAUAUAGGGUCGCUAUGAGUGGUAAUCGACUCGACAGCAACGGGUUUGGUUUUGUUUUAUAAGACAGAAAGUGAUACUGGUGAGGAGUGAGCUGCUUGGAUCAAGUAGACACAUGAGAGUAUGUGGGCAGCUCCUGUCUGGAGAUGAAAUGAGAAGGCAGAGGGGGACAGGAGCUGGUUGAAUGGACACAGAACACGGUGGAGAGGAGUAUGCCGUCUCAUUAGGGGAAGAGCAGCUAGGAGUACAUAGCAAGGUGUAUGUUAAGUUUUUGUAUGAAAGACUGACUUGAUUUGUAAACUUUCACUUAAAGCACAAUAAAAAAAAAAAAGAGAUCAGCUGCUAACCAAAAGGUCAACAGUUGGAAUCUAUCAGGCGCUCCUUGGAAACCCAAUACAGCAGUUCUGUUCUGUCUCAUAGGGUGAUUGUGUGUCAGAAUUGACUCGAUGGCAGUGGGUUUUAAUGGGUAAUGAGAUGUUGCAUUAAUUGUUUAAACUUUUUAAUCACUGUUUUGUUAUAGUUUAGUUCAUAUUAGAUGUUAUAACUUCUCUAAUAGUCAUUAAAAUGAUUUUUAAUAUUCUGGGGAAAAAAAGCAGCAGUUAUAUUUUUCAUUCUCUUUAGUCCUUUCCCAAUGAAAUUGAAAGAAAGAUAUUUUCCAUCCAAGAUGAGGAUGUCCAGGUCCUAUGAAAAUAUGGUGGUGCAGUAGUUAAGAGUUCAACUGCUAACCAAAAGGUCAGCAGUUCGAAUCCAUCAGCCGCUCCUUGGAAAUCCUAUGGGGCAGUCCUACUGUGUCCUAUAGGGUCGCUAUGAGUCAGAAUUAACUCGACAGCAGUGGGUUUGGUUUUUUUUUUCUGUAGUACAUGGGUUAUUCUAGAGUCAAAAGUAGUGUGAUAUAUUAGAGUGUGAAGAACUUAAGACCUGACAGUUGUGGCACUUACAUGUAUGAUUUUAGACACUAACUUAACUGUGUGAACUCAAGUAUCAUUUUCCCCACAGAGUUGAUGUGAUUAUACAACAGGGUAAAUGGAUGUGUAUUUCUGUAUCUGUUUAAAACUAUGAAAUACAACACAGGCUUUUUUAAACUUUACUUUUAGUCUUCCCUGAGUUACACGUAUGUGGAUCUAUAACAAAUUGUAUACUCAGUAGAAUCUGUAUGUAUCAAAUAUUUGUAAAAGGGCAUGCAUCCCCAAAUAAUCAAAUUCCUAAGGCUCGUUAGAUGACUUUUGUUAGGUUAUUCCUAAUGAAUGUGUACGUACACUUUAUUUUAACCUAAUGGAAAAAUCAAACAUCUGAAAAGAAAAGAACUGCAGAAUGUCAGAGUUGGAAGACACCUCUGAAGUUGUCAAAGUCAACCUUCUACCUAAUAGGGAGAGGUCCUAUGUACUUGGAUGCUUGGUUUUCCAUCCUCUUCUUGACAAGGAGCUUGGCAUUCUGCAAAAUAGCUCAUUCCAUUUCUGAGUCUAAUUGGUAGCUCUUGCUAAGCUAAAAAAAAUCUCAGCUCAGGUCCCCUUCCCUGGAACUUUAGUCCCUUGUGAUUAGUUAGAUACCAAGUUCAGGACAGGAUAAAAGGAAUGACUGGGGUUUCCAUAAGGCUUGCCUCAGUGAGUUAGAGAAAUUCAUUUGUUUAUUCAACAAAUAUUAUUUGAGUUUCUAUAUGCCAAGAAUUGUGGUAGGUGCUAGAUAAACAGUAGUGAACAAGAUAAAAAUGACUCCAACCUUCAUGGAAUUUACAAUCUAGUGGAGAACAUGUACAAUAAAUUAAGUAAACAAAUGUUUAUUAUUUCAAAUUAUGGCACAUGCUAUUAUAUAAAGAACAGGGCAGGUGUACAUAAGCUUACUACAGGAGGCACUUCUGAAAAAGUGAUAUUUAUUUAACCUUAGACAUGGAAGAUAAAAAUGCAGAAACCAUUUAAAAAUACUUGCAGCAUCAGCCAAUAUUGAUUUGGCAUUCAAGUCUUAAUUAAUAUCAUUAAUUUUGUAGGGCAAGGAUCACAAACAUUUGCAAACUCCAAGCCUGGAAGCAGUAUAGUUUCCAAGGCUACUGGGAAUCAUGCCUCUAAGUAAUUUUUCAGGAACCAGAUAGAAUUAUAAUGUUAACAUGAUGGCAUGGCAUCAAAAAUAAAUGGGAAGACUGCUAAAUUAAGAGACACCCCAAGUUCUGUUCCCGGCACUGCCAUUAAUUAGCUGUGGAUCAUUAGCAAGCCAGAUAACCUUUGUGGCUUCCAGUUAUUUCAUCUGCAGAACCAUCAUUUUCAAAUAGAUAAGCUCCAAGAAUCCGUCUAGCUGUUAAUCUUGUGUGAACCUGUGCUGGACAUAGUCACUAAGAACAAUUUAUUUAGAGUUUGACCUUUAUGCCACACUUAGUUCCCUGUUUUAGUACAAACUAGGUCUCUGAAAAUGUAUAUGGAAAUCAAAUCGCUGAAAGUUGAAUAACGGACUUAAGUGUUCAAGGUGGGUGUAUGUGCAAUCGGGGAAGGUCCUCAUCAAGGAGUCAAAAGUAUAUUGCUCCUUGUUUUUUGAUAGUGUCGUCGACAGUGUAUUUCCAGAACUUCCUACUUAUUUGUUCCUUCACAACUGAACGUACUGUAGUAUCUUAUUGAACCAAAUACUUGCUGCUUAUAGCAAGCCUAAUGAUUUCCAUAUUUGGCUUAGAAGUUCUAUUUUACCACUAAUUGAACAAAAAUAAAUACUGAUGUCAGACAAAGAUGCUAACAAUGCCAAAACAAAGCUCUUGCUUGCAGGCAGCAUCAACAGGAAAAAACUUGAAAUGUCCAUUUGUCAGCUUCUAUAUGAAUAUCUAGAUUCUACAUACAAAUGGCAUUUUAAAGAUGUCUAUGUAGAAUAAAUGAAAGCAUGGGUUUAACAAUCAAGAACAGUUUAUGCCAUAAUAACAUUCUUAUAGGGCUCAAUUUGUGAGUUAAAAGGUAAUUUGAAGGUGGGUUAAUUUUUUCCUGGAGUAACCAGUUUUUAGUGAGAGAAAAAUCACAUUCUAUUUUCCCAAAAUUUCCAAACAUCACCCCAAAAUAGUAACCUCAACCACCCAAAUAAGAGCAUAUUCUAAAAUGUAGAUGCUUUUUCCAUCAUUAAUCUGCUUUCUCAUUUCAAAUUUUGAAAUAGGUGAAGAAAAAUAGUUACUUUGCAUCUGGCUGUCCUCUUGCCUGGGGAAGUUGCGCUGUCAUAUUUUUUGGUCUGACAAGAACUUAAUUGUGUGAGUGAUCCAUUCCAGAUCUAGACAUUACUCCCCCACCCUGUGACCCAACCCAGAGACUCUUUAACUGUCACAGAGCAGCUAAGGAACAGCUUGACCUUUUGUCCCUCUCAGGCAGGAUCUGCCAGAAGCCUCCCUCUAUAAUGCUAUGCAUUCAUAGUCUCUAUAAAUUGAAUCUAGACAUUCAAGCAAGACUGAACAGGCAUUGAAAUGGCAAUUGGUGAGAUGGAUUAACUCUAGCCAUCUUUAAAUCUCUUGCUUCAGAUAAUUAUAGAUGAAAGAUGCUUACUUGGAUUGGAUUGCUAUUUAUUCAUAUAUUUAUUUUAGUAAGUAGUGAGGCAAGAACAUAAAAACGCACAGUUGAAAGACAGAUUGGCCUGGAUUGAAUUGAUAAGAAAUGUGUGGGACUUUUUGGCUUCUGAUCAAUAUUUGUAUUCAGUCUGCAAUCUAAAGUAUAUAUGAUAAAAAUAAAACAGGGUGUAAUUUCUUCCUAGUUUAUAUUCCAAAUUAAAGAUUUUAAAGAAGCAGAAAGUAACCUUAAUCACUUGCCCUGAAAGGAUUCCAUAGGACUUCCAUUAUUAGGUAAUGGUCAACAUCUAUCCAUAAACUUUGGCAUUCUGCCAUUGCCAAGAGCCCUAGAAUGCCACUCUGUUCAGCUAAACCACCAGUUAGCCCUUGUGCAGAGUUUGGUGUGCACUGAUUUUACAGGCAUUAUUAGCACAUUGUGUGGGUAGCUUCUGGGGGAACCUUGUAGAGAAGCCAGGAGUUUAGGUAGUUCAUAAACUGUCAUUCAGGCAACUGCUCAUUAAAUUGGCCUGGCCAUGAGUCUUCAGGAACUUCCUGCUGCACCUUUACUGGUCAUGAUUGUCAGUGAGCAAGCGACCACCCUCUGGGCAUUGCUUUACACUUUACAACAUAUUUUCAUGUAUCUUAUUUACUUAGUUCAACAAGACCAUAUAUUGUAAACUUAGUUCCUUUGUAUCUUACUAUUCCUCAAAUUCAUUUGGUUUGAUGGAUGAUUAAUUUAUUUGUUAUGAGGAAUUCCUAAUAUUGAGGGAAAAUUCAAAUAAACAAAGUUCAUUGCCUUUAACCUCCAAAGAAUCUGAAAGUGCAUCAAAACCUUCUAGUAACCUAAAAUCUUGCAUCUUGAGCCCCAGAGUUUACUGGGCAUAUUGCAAAACAAAUAUUUUGGCUUCUGACUUCCUUUGUCUGUACAGGGAGAAGAGACUUAAGGAUGUGAAGGAAGGUGAUGAUUGAGCUCAAACACAUUGUAGAAAAGCGAAACAGGAAUAUGAGGGCCCUGGACCCAACAAGGAGCCCUGGUGGUGCGGUUGUUAAGAGCUCAGGCUACUAACCAAAAAGUUGGCAGUUCGAAUCCACCAGCCACUCAUUGGAAUCCCUAUGGGGCAGCUCUAAUCUGUCCUAUAGGAUCACUAUGAGUUAGAAUCAACUUGACAGCAACGGGUUUUGUUUUGUUUGGGACCCAACAAAAACACUACAGAGUGCAGCUCUACUCUGCCCAGAUGGGGUCACCAUGAGCUGCAAUCCAUUCAACAGCAGCUGUUGUAACUGGUAUAGAUCCAGCAAUGUAUUUAAGCUCACUGUGCCUCAAUUUUUUAACCUCAGUUUUUUAAUGACUGUACUCACAUUUGCCCCAUCUUCCUCUUAGGGUCAUCCUAGAAUAUACAUAGAGAAGUAAAUGAAAGAACUUUGAUGAGAGUUGUGAAUAUUCUCCCCAAAGUGAUGGACCUUUGAUAUUUCAUGAUGAUACUAUGAGAACAGAAACUUGGUAGGCCCACCUAACAAAGGCUUUUUCAUGCUACAAGUAUACAUGUACACAGCAAGAGCUGUGUUUUGCAGAACCUAGGCUAUUUCUGGCUAUGACUCUUUAACUCAUGACCUUCUCUGUACACUGGCUCAACAAGAAUUGCUGGACUGGCGUUUUCCUAGGAUCCUAAGUUUGGAACAUCUCUUAGAGAUCAUACCCUUUCUCCAUCCGUGAUGCAUAAACUUGUCGUCGAUGUUGUUGUGUGCCACCAAGUCGAUUCUGACUCUCAGCGACCCAAUGGGACAGAGUAGAGCUGCCCCAUAGGGUUUCCUAAACUGUAAUUCUUACAGGAAUAGAUUACCAGGCCUCCCCUACCUACCCACGCAGAGUGACUGGUGGGUUCAAACCACUGACCUUUUGGUUAGCAGCCAAGUGCUUAACCAUUGCACUACCAGGGCUCCUUUUGAUGCAUAAACUACUCCCUCUGUAUUUUCCCCAAUUCCUAGUAUUUUCCCGUCUAUCCCUUCAGUGAAUCAGAACUCACUACCUUAAGAGAUAACUUUCCCAUCUCUGGAGAGCUCUCAUUGUUAGAAAGUUCUGCCCCAUAGGAGCCAAAACCUGCCUCUCUAUGCAAUGCAAAUGUCAUAAAUUAGAAACUUUUUCUUCUCCCCAGCCUUCUCCUCCAGUUGGGCAAUCUGUCCUUCCCCUGAAGUGCUGUACCCUGCUAGGUUAUUCUUCAGGCAGAAGAGACUGACAGGCAGAGCCUCCUUAAAAUGGGCUUCUGUAUUGGUGGAAUAGAAUGCUUCCCUCCACUGUUCACUCAGCAGCUACCCAAGUAUGUGAUAUCAGUCUUGAUAUUAGAACGGCUUUGAAGUCUCCAGUGCCUCCUUCCUAUCUGCCUUGCAGCUUGUAGUAGUUGUUCCUCUUCCUGUAUACAUAAUACUGCUGAAGAAUCUUAAUUACAGUUUCAGAAUGUUCAGGGACAAUCCCAACCCCUCUCAUCUGGGGAUUGCAGAAAUGAGCUUGGAUCAUAUACAGACAGCAUGAGGUGUUGUUGUUGAAGAACAGUAAAUUCUUUCACUCAGGGUGUGUGUACAUGUAUGUAUACAUUUCCUUUGCAGUGUAUCAAAAGGGAGGAACUGAUUUCUGUACAGAUAGGAUAUGGCCAGCCCAUAAUCUCUUUAAAUAUAAUUUCCAUCUCUCACAUUCUGCAUUAUAGGUUUUUGCAUCAGGGAACCGUUGGGUUAGAUUUCUGCCAGAAAAAUAUGCUGGAUAUUUCAUGUUUUGAAAGAGGUAUUAGACAUAGACGGAGAGGACCCUGGUUUAACUCUGACAUUCUGCUCACUAGCUAUGGAACCAUGAACAACUUAUUUAAUCUCUAAGUCUUUAUACCUAUCUUCAAAAUGAGGACAGUGCUUCUCUUACAGGGUGUCAUGAGAAUAAAGAUUGUAUGAAAGCUUUCAUAAACCGAAAAGCAUGCACAAAUGUAAGGUACCCCAAAUGAAACCUUUUCAAGACUUUAAAAAAAAAAACUAUGAACUAAGAUAUUUAUUGUAUGUUUGGAUGAAAUAUUUUAUAGCCAUUAAAAAUUAAAAGGGGCAAUGUGUUGAAAAGUUUUAAACAGAAUUUUAAAUUAUACAUUUUGAAUUACCACAGUGUAAAAGCUAUUGUACAUGGACUAGAAAAAAGUAAAGUCAGCUGAUUCAGGGCAGUGGAAUUGAGUGAAAUUUUCUUUAAAAAUCUCUCAAGUUUGUUCAGUUCAGUUCAGUAGACUUUCAGUGAGCACUUACUGUGCCAGGUUGGGUGCUAGACUACGUGAAUACAGAGAUAAAUAGGACAUGUUCUCUGGUCUUAAGGACUUCUGUUGUGUACAGUCUUUGUCAAAGUUUAUUGUGUAUAAGGGUCACCUGGGGAACUUAUUAAAAAUUCAGAUUAUCCUGGUCCCACCCCAGAAAGUCUGACUCAGGAGGUCUGGGAUGGAGCAGCCCACACUUUACAUUUUUAAAACCAUUGCCCCUAGUGAUUCUGAUGUAAGCAAUCGAAUUCCGUACUGUGAAGAACCUUCAGUGUGGUUUUAAUAUUUUUUACAGUAAAAGGUAAGUAAUAUAAUACAACUGUCCUUCUCAAUGAAGAAGAUACUGUAUUUUGAAUGAUCCGUCUGCACUCUUUAGCUGUUUUUUAUGCCUGUAUAUCAAGGAUGGGAGAACUGGCCUGCAGCGUGGUAUUACUCUGGACUCAUGCAGCAUAGAAUCUACCAACCUUUCUCCUCACUGUCUUUCUCUUCGCCAUCCUGUCCUGUUUUUUCUCUCUGUGUAUGUUUCUCUUCCAUCCUUAUCCCUGCUCUGCCUAGUAACACGGCAACAUCCAGGUGUAUUGUUUCUCAAAAAGCUUGGAAUAGGCUUAAAUAAAUAAAAUAAACCUGUGGAAAGCUUUGUAUCUUUAUGUUUAACUAUAAUUUAACUUUUCAUUGAUUUUUUUCCCGGUGGGUUAGCAGCCCUCAACAGAAAUUUUAAAAGGUUCCCAGCUGGGAUUCCUGUCCUGCCCAUCAGGUUGGGGUGUACCCUGCACCCUGACUCAGCACUGCUUGUCUCUGCAUGCCUGUGAAUGGGCUUGGGCGACUUUCUCUGGCUACACACCUGUCGCCUCCUAGUCACCCAGAAACAUAAUAUUAACAGCUCUAACUGUGCUAUCUGAGGCUAUGAGCUUUAUUUCAAGAGUGGUGACACUCCAAAAUGCAGCUAGAAUUUCUACAUUUUCAACUGUUAAUGUUCAUAUUACUUGAACCUCAGGAAACUAAGGGCUGGACGAUAUCUUUCAGACUCCCUUCUUUCAACACCUCAUACAAAUACUGGUCAUCUUAUGCCAUCAUUUGUCUUCUCUGCAAAAACAUGAGCUCCCUGAGAGCAGAGGAGAGAUGAGGGCACAUGUACCUUUGUAUCUACAGUGCCUUGGUUGGAGAAGAGUAUCUGGCAUGUGGUGAGCACUCAUUAAGUAACUGUUGAAUGAAUUAGGUAUCACUGAGGUAUCCAAAAAAAAAAAAAAAAGGAAGUAUAUACAUCACACAAAAGGAAAAUAUCCCUUAAAAAAUAAUUCUAAAACUGUCCUUUCCCUCGAUGUGUCUGAAAUAUUUCGUAAAUGUGUUAACUUGUCCUUCCAGUGUAAAUCCAAACCUAGAACAAUUCCUUGAACAUAGGACAAGACGUCAGGAAUCAAAAGUAAUUAUGCAAGCACAGCUAGUAAUCUGUCUUAAUGAUCUCUGUUACUAACUGACAGUGAGUUUCUAGGGUGUGAUCUCUCAGCAUUGUUUCUGGAAGACAGUGCCUUAAUAGACUUCUUCUCAAGUACAUGUCUGUAUUUUUCCUCAUUGUAUCCCCAGCAUCUAGCCAUAUACCUUGCAUACACUGCUCACUAAGUAUUUCUUGAAUGAAUGUAUUCAAUUAACAGAAGAAAUUCAAAAGCAAGUCCUAAAUGAUCUUAGUUGGAGCUGCUCAAAUUUUCAGUUAGUGGCAAGAUUUUUGCCUCCAAAUUGAAGUAGCUACUGCUUAAGACAAAACAAAAAACCAAAUCCAUUGCCGUUGAAUUGAUCCCGACUCAUAGUGACCCUAUAGGACAGAGUAGAACUACCCCGCCCAGUUUCUAAGGAGCGCCUGGUGGAUUUGAACUGCUGACCUUUUGGUUAGCAGCCGUAGCUCUUAACCACUAUAACACCAGCGUUUCUAGCUACUGCUUAGGAUCAUUUAAUUCAACAACAAAUGUUGAUCCCUAAACCCAUUGCCAUCCAGUCAGUUUCAACUCAUAGUGACCCUGUGGGACAAGAGUGAACUGCCCCAUUGGGUUUCCAAGGCUGUGAUCCUUAUGGGAGCAGACUGCCACAUCUUUUGUCCACUGAGCGGCUCUUAGGUUUGAACCGCCAACCUUUCAGUUAGCAGCCAAGCCGCUUUAAACGCUGCACCACCAAGAGAAACCAAAAACCAAACCCAUUGCCCUGGAGUCAAUUCCAACUCAUCGUGAUCCCACAGGACAGGGUAGAACUGCCCCAUAGGGUCUCCAAGGAGCAGCUGGUAGAUUUGAACUGCCGACCUUUUUGAUAGCAGCCGAAUGCUUAACUAGUGUACCACCAGGGCUCCACUUAUUCUAUGGGACACCCAAAGACAAGUAAAACCUAAGCCCUUAUGGUUUCAGUCCCCUGCCCCGGACAGACAGUUGAUAAUUUCCCUGUGCUCCCACAAUCCUUUGAACAUACCUCUAGUAAAACAUUGUUCACAUACUCUUGUAGGUGUCUGCCCACCCAUCUCUCUUCCCCAGAAAAACCUUGACCUUCUUAAGACCCUAGUCUUAUUCAUCUUGGUAUCUUUAUGCUGAAUGCAAGGUAGUAGGUACUCAGAAAAUCCUUACUGAGAACUGAAUGACAAGUACAUAAAUAACCAUUACUAAACAACAUGUAUUUUAAUAGAAAUGUAUUUUGUAUUUGAAUAGAAACAUAUGCUUUUCUAAGUGUUUUCAGAGUUGCAAAUGAUAGAUACCGGGUAUGACCUGAAAGGAACAAAAUUGGCUUUCCUGUCUCUACUAAGCACCAUUUGAGGUGGCAUCCCUCGUUAGAAUUCCCUCAUCCCCACUCCAGCCAGUGGGUCAUAUUAAAAAUCUGAGCUUCCCUGGCUGAGUGGACUAGGAGUAGACACAUGACCCAAACUGGACAGGUCUUAUUUUCUCUUAGGAAAUUAGGAUUAACAGAGUCUGAACUGGUUGCUUGAACCAGGAGUAGUAGGGCAGCCAUGUACUUCAAGAGAUAAAGUAGUCUGCAGAGAGAAAGAAAUGAAACUAAAAUGUUCCAGAGAUGAAAAACGAUAUGGCCUGAAAGACAUAGACACACGUACAAACUGGCUGCCUAGUUGCUACCCUUCCAGAGGCCAUAUUAUUCAAUUUUUCCUCGGGUUCUAUGACCUAUUCCUCACUUUCUUAACAAAUAUAUUCCCUAUUUGACUUAAGAGAGUUUGAAAUGGUUGUAUAUGCUUUUGCAACUAAAAGAGCCUAAGACACUGUCAGACUUACGGAAGAAAUUCUCUCAUUGCUGUUUUUUAUUUUUAAUCUCAUUUCUCAGUCACACCCACAUAUAAUCCCAGAAUAUAUGUUAAUCAGGAAAUUAGUGGGGGACUUCCCGAUAAAGUAAGAUGCAAUAGGAAGGUAAAUGGCUUCUUUGCUUUUCAAGUUUCUUCAUACCCCAAUUAACAAAAACAGCAAAUGAAGGGAGGUUUGUUUACAGAGCAGAUUGGAUACAUCAGACCUUUUUUGGAACUACAAAAUUGUAUUAUAGAGGUUUUGAAGAACCAACAUAUUUGGCAGCUUCACAAGCCAUCUAUUUCUGACGAUUUCUGCUUUCCAGAACGGUAUAAAAUUACCUUUGUCGUGAGCCUUUGCUGUAUUCAGGCUAGCCAAAAUUUUAAGAUGGAAAAGUCUGAAGGUGUGUUCCUAAAGCUGCCCAGGCCCUGCUAUUGUACUGGCCAUGAACAAUGAUAGCCAAAUCUUUCAAAGAUAGAUCUUGCUCUUUAGAAACAAUUCCAAAUGUGUUUAGGGUUUUGUGUACCACAAUCAUUCAGCCCUAGCAUGCCACGCCCUGAGUUUAGUGCUCACUUAAAAUAAUCAUUUUUAAAACAUGCAUGGAAAAUAGAGGGGAACUGUGGACUGCUAAAAUCAUCAUCAUUUGUGUGGUUCAGGCAGAUUUCAAGGGGAAAUCUUGGGGCUUUUUCCAAGAAUGUUAUGAAAAUAUUAAAUUAUAAUGAUUGCUGCCAACAUGUUUUUAACUACUGUAGAAAAAGAAAACAACAACAACAACAAAAAUUCCAGCUAUUUUCUUAGUCAACACUCUGGACCUUGGAGAUGAUUGCACGUAAUUUGACUGCAGUUACUUUCCUUUUUUAGUUAAUUGUGUAAAACAUGUGGCAUAACUUCUAAUCCCUGUGGAGCUUUCAUUUGGGGUGGGGGUUGGGGGAGAAGCUGUUUUAAUUCUGGCUUUUGUUUCAGCCACUAAAUGUAAUGCCACAUGAUUGUUGACCCAACAGUAAUCCAGUUAAAAAACAGUCUUCAGAGUUAACUGCAUCAUCAAAAUUAACCCUGAUUACAUCAAAUUAUGUUGAAACAGACCACAGCUGUUUGCCCUGUUGAAGGAACUGCUUGAGAGCUCAUCCAGAAGAUACAUCUGGGUGUCAGGAAGAUACAUUUUGAUUUUUGUUUUUAUUUCUCAACACAAUUGUCAGAGGGAAACACCCUGUUCUCAGAAUGCUUGGUGGGAGCUGAAAACCUGGUGAUUCUCCAACUGUAAAGUCUUAUUAAUUCAAAAAGAGAAAGAAACCAAAGACCUCUUGGUUUAGUUUUCUAUAGGCAGGGUACAAGAAGAAGGAAAUUCAACUCUGUUGAGCACUGCUUUUGUCAGCAAAAAGAAGUGGAACUGACUACAAAAAAGGAUGGCGAGAUUUUCUUUGGUGGGAGGUAUGCAGUGGUGUGUUAGAUCUGGCUCAUACCAGUCGAUUGUUAUUUUGUCAGAAAUUUGAGAGCUUGUUUAAAAUCAACACUAUUGAAAUUAUAAUGCUAAAAAAACAAAAAGGAAAAUAAGUGUUGACAAGGAUGUGGAGAAAUCGGAACCCUCUUACGUUGCUGGUGGUUGUUGUCGUUAGGUGCCGUCGAGUCGGUUCCGACUCAUAGCGACCCUGUGCACAACAGAACGAAACACUGCCUAGUCCUGCGCCAUCCUUACAAUCGUUGUUAUGCUUGAGCUCAUCGUUGCAGCCACUCUGUCAAUCCACCUCCUUGAGGGUCUUCCUCUUUUCCGCUGACCCUGUACUCUGCCAAACAUGAUGUCCUUCUCCAGGGACUGAUCCCUCCUGACAACAUGUCCAAAGUAUGUAAGACGCAGUCUCGCCAUCCUUGCCUCUAAGGAGCAUUCUGGCUGUACUUCUUCUAAAACAGAGAUGUUCAUUCUUUUGGCUGUCCGUGGUAUAUUCGAUAUUCUUCGGCAACACCACAAUUCAAAGGCGUCAAUUCUUUGGUCUUCUUUAUUCAUUGUCCGGCUUUCACAUGCAUACGAUGCAAUUGAAAAUACCACGGGUUGGGUCAGGCACACCUUAGUCUUCAAGGUGACAUCUUUGCUCUUCAACACGUUACAGAGGUCCUUUGCAGCAGAUUUACCCAAUGCAAUGCGUCUUUUGAUUUCUUGACUGCUGCUUCCAUGGCUGUUGAUUGUAGAUCCAAGUAAAAUGAAAUCCUUGACAACCUCAAUCUUUUCUCCAUUUAUCAUGAUGUUGCUCAUUGGUCCAGUUGUGAGGAUUUUUGUUUUCUUGAUUGAUACAUUGCUAGUAGGACUGUAAAACGGUGUAAAAUCAUUUGGAACUUCCUUAAAAAGUUGAACAUUAAGUUACCAUAUGACCCAGCAGUUCCACUCCUAAGUAUAUUCCCAAGAAAUUGAAAAUACAGGCUCACGUAAAAACUUGUACAUGAAUGUUCACUGUAGCAUUAUUCAUAAUAGCUGAAAAAUGGAAGAAACCCACAUGUCCAUCAACUGAUGAAUGAAUAAGCAAAAUGUGAUAUAUCCAUAAAAGAAUAUUACUCAGACACAUAAAGGAAUAAAGAAGUUCUGAUAUAUGCUACAACAUGGAUGAACCUUGAAACCAUUAGGCUAAGUAAAAGAAGCCGCACACAGAAAGCCACAUGUCAUAUGAUUCCAUUUAUAUGAAAUGUUCAGAACUGGCAAAGACAUAGAUACAUGGUUGCCAGGGUAUAGUGGAGAGAUAAUGUAAAAUGACCGCUAACGGGUUGUUGUUGUAUGCCCAUUGGGUCAAUUCCGACUCAGUGACCCCAUAGGACAGAGUAGAAUUGCCCCAUAGGGUUUCCUAGGCUCUAAAUCUUUAGGGGAGCAGACUGCCACAUCUUUCUCCCACAGAGCAACUGGUGAAUUCGAACCCCUGACCUUCCGGUUAGCAGCCAAGCACUUAACCACUGAGUCGCCAGGGCUCCUUGCUAAUGGGUAUGGGAUUUCUUUUUGAAGUGAUGAAAAUGCCCUGGAAUUAGAUAAUAUGAUGGUUGCACGACUCUAAGUAUACUAAUAAAACUGAGCUGUAUAUUUUUAAAUGUUGAAUUUUAUGGUGUGUGAAUUCUAUCUUGAUAAAAAAAACUAUAAACUUAAGUUAAUAUUGAAAACAAAGGAUAUAAAUACCUAAAACUCAUCAUUUACCAAUUAUUUUGCUACAUUGUACUAUCAUCUCUACUCUUCGAGUUAUUUACGUCUAUUGCAUCUGUCACCCACGCGUCUGUUAGUCGUACUGUGGGGGCUCACGUGUUGCUGUGAUGCUGGAAGCUAUGUCACCGGUAUUCAAAUACCAGCAGGGCCACCCAUGGCGGACAGACUCCAGCUGAGCUUCCAGAUUAAGAGACUAGGAAGAAGGACCCUAGUGGUCUUCUGAAAAAAAUUAGCCAGUGAAAACCUUAUGAAUAGCAGCAGAACGUUGUCUGAUAUAGUGCCGAAGAUGAGCCCCUCGGGUUGGAAGGCACUCAAAAGGCGACUGAGGAAGAGCUGCCUCCUCAAAAUGGAGUUGACCUUAAUGACAGGGAUGGAGUCAAGCUUUCGAGACCUUCAUUUGCUUAUGUGGCAGGACUCAGAAAGAGAAGAAACAGCUGCAAACAUCCAUUAAUCUCAACGCUGAAUGUACGAAGUAUGAAUCUAGAAAUAUUGGAAAUUAUCAAAAAUGAAAAGGAAUGCAUAAACAUCGAUAUCCUGGCUGUUAGCCAAAAUGGACCGGUACUGGUCAUUUUAAAUUUGACGAUCAUAUGGUCUACAAUACUGGGUGUCUUAGUUAUCUAGUGCUGCUAUAACAAAUACCACAAGUGGAUGGCUUUAACAAAAAGAAAUUUAUUUUUUCACAGUUUUUUUUUUUUUAUUUUUUAUUAAGGUAGGCUAAAAGUGCAAAUUCAGGAUGUCAGCUCCAGGGCAAGGCUUUCUCUCUCUUUCAGCCUUCUAAUCAAUCUCCCUCUGGUCCAGGAGCUUUUCUACACAGGGCCCCAGGGUCCAAAGGAUGAACUUUGCUCCUGCCAGUGCUUUCUUGGUGGUAUGAGGUCCUUCUGUCUCUCUGCUUGCUUCUUUCUUUUAUAUCUCAAGGGAUUGCCUCAAGACACAAUCCAGUCUUGUAGAGUCAGCCCUGACUCACACAACUGCCUACCGUCCUCCCUCAUUAACAUCACUGAGGCAGGAUUUACAACAUAUAGGAAAAUCACACAGUACUGGGAGUCAUGGCCCAGCCAAAUUGAUAGCACACAUUUUGGGGGGAACAUAAUUCAGUCCAUGACACCGGGAAUGACAAACAGGAAUGCUGUCACGUUCAUUGUCAAAAAGCACAUUUCAAGAUCUAUCCUGAAGUAGUACAGUGCUGUCAGUGAUAGGACAAUAUCCAUACGCCUACAAGGAAGACCAGUUAAUACAGUUACUCAAAAUUACACACCAACCACUAAGGCCAAAGAUGAAGAAAUUGAAGAUUUUACCAACUUCUGCAGUCUAAAAUUGAUCAAAUAUGCAAUCAAGAUGCAUUGAUAAUUACUGGUGAUUGGAAUACAAAAGUUGGAAACAAGAAGGAUUGGUAGCUGAAAAAUACAGCGUUGGUGAUAGAAACAAUGCCGGAAAUCGCAUGAUAGAAUUUUGCAAGACCAACGACUUCUUCAUCGCAAAUACCUUUUUUCAACAACGUAAAUGGCGACUAUACAUGUGGACCUCGUCAGUUGGAAUACACAGGAAUCAAAUUGACUACAUCUGUGGAAAGAGGCAGUGGAAAAGCUCGAUAUUAUCAGUCAGAACAAGGCCUGGGGCCAACUUUGGAACAGAGCAUUAAUUGCUUAUACGCAAGUUCAAGUUGAAACUGAAGAAAAUUAUAACAAGGAGAGCCAAAGUAUGACCUUGAGCAUUUCCCACCUGAAUUUAGAGACCAUCUUAAGAAUAGAUUGGACCCAUUGAACACUAAUAACUAAAGACCAGACGAGUUGUGGAAUGACAUCCAGGGCAUCAUACAUGAAGCAAGCAAGAGGUCAUUAAAAAGACAAGAAAGAGUGUAAGGCAAGCUCUGGCCUGGUGUGGCCAGGCUUCAAGGCGAAGGCAGCACCAUCGCCACAGCCACCUAAGUGACCAUGCGAAGCCUAGCACAGCGGAUGGUGCCAGUGCAGCUUGAGUGUUCAUCCAUGUCCCCUUCCUCCUCUCCCCUCCUCCAUUGGGGGGGUCUUGCUUCCUACCCCUGCUCCAGUAGAGCUAUGCCUCCGAGUGGCUGCCGCCCACACCAGUUGUGGGACAUAAGGGAAGGUCCCUCAGGCUGGAGGUACUGUCCUGGCUGUGGAGCCACUACCUGGGAAGGAGAGAAUUUAUCCAAAGAUUAAAACUUGAGGCAACCCUGAAUGUGCAUGAUGGCUGUGGUUUUAAGACUUAGACUAUGAUUGACAAAGGCAGAAGAGAAGAGAAACAUCUUUACUGAAACAAACCUGAUGAUAUGAGCGUGCUAUGGCUGAUUAUUGAUAUGAGAGUCAGUGGACAAGUAAGGACUAGUGAUUACUGAAAAUCAAAAUAUAUUCAUUUACAUUCCUAAAGGUAUUAUUCUUGUUAAAUUGGGAUACCUCAUUUCAUUACAGAAGGUGAUCUAACACUGUACUUCUAAACUGUCUUUUGAAGAAAGUGAGAUACUACAAAAAAACAAACAUCUGGAGUUUAAGGGCAAGGAAUCUGUAUUUUAAUAUUUCAGGCAUUCUGUCCUAGGUGAACCAUGGACUACACUUUGGAAAAUACUGCUAUACCUGCCUCAUUGUAAACAUGAGACUAGAAAGACCAUUGGGGAAGAAAUAAUGAAGUGAAAAGAAGGUGUAGGUCCUAACCCUAAGAAAUCUAACAUUUAAAACUUGAAGAGAAAUUCAAGAGGGAAAAAAGUGCCUGUAGUCUUAUCCCCAAAACUGUUACCUUUUUCAUGCUGACUGAAAUUAGUCAGUCACAAAAGGACAAAUAUUGUAUAAGACCACUAUGAUUAAAACUCAAGGAAUAGUUUAAACAGAGAAGAAAACAUUCUUUGAUGGAUACGAGAGAGGGGAGGGAGGGAAGGAGGAAGAAGGGUAUUCACUAAUAGUAGAUAAGAACUACUUUUAGGUGAAGGGAAAGACAACACAGUAUAGGCAAGGUCAGCACAACUGGACUAAACCAAAAGCAAAGAAAUUUCCUGAAUAAACUGAAUGCUUCGAAGGCUAGCAUAGUAGGAGUGGGGGUUUGGGGACCAUGGUUUCAGGGGACAUCUAAGUCAGUUGACAUAAUAAAAUCAAUUAAGGAAACAUUCUGCAUCCCACUUUGGAGAGCAGCAUCUGGGGUCUUAAAUGCUAACAAGUGGCCAUCUAAGAUGCAUCAAUUGGUCUCAACCCACCUGGACCAACGGAGAAUGAAGACCACCAAGGACUCAAGGUAAUUACAAGCCCAAGAGACAGGGCCACACAAACCAGAAACUACAUUAGCCUGAGACCAGAAGAACUAGAUGGUCCCCAGCUACAACCAAUGACUGCCCUGACAGGAACAGAGAACCCUUGAGGGAGCAGGAGAGCAGUGGACUGUAGACCCCAAAUUCUCGUAAAAAGACCAGACUUAAUGGUCUGACUGAGACUAGAAGGACCCCAGUGGUCAUGAUCCCCAGACCUUCUGUUAGCCCAGGACAGGAACCAUUCACAAAGCCAACUCUUGAGACAGGGAUUGGACGAUGGGAUAGAAAAAGAUGCUGGUGAAGAAUGAGCUUCUUGGAUCAAGUUGGCAGUUGAGACUAUGUUGGCAUCUCCUAUCUGGAGGGGAGCUGAGAGGGCAGAGGGGGUUAGAAACUGGCAGAAUGGACAUGAUAAGAGAGUGGAGGGAAGGAGCGGCCUGUCUCAUUAGAGGAAGAGCAAUUAGGAGUAUAUAAAGCAAGGUGAAUAUAAAUUUUUGUAUGAGAGACUUGAUUUGUAAACUUUCACUUAAAGCAUAAUAAAAAAAAAUUUUUUAACUUUUUUCCUGUGUAUGUUUUUUAUAGUUCUAAUUAUGCUAUAAAUACAAUUUUUGAAAAAACCCAUUGCUAUCGAGUCAAUACAAUUUAGGUGCAUAUUAUUUAUUUUAAAACAAUCAAGUUUUUUGAGUCAAAGUAAUACACGCUUACACAAUUUGUGGAAAUUAACUAAAAAUGGAUCAAUGAGCUAAAUAUAAGAACUAAAAUCAUGUAACUCUUAGAAGAAAACAUAGGGAUAAAGUUUCAAGAUCUUGUUUUUGACAAUGGAUCCUUAGAUAUGACACCAAAAGCACAAGCAACAAAAGACAAAGCAGAUAAAUUGGGCUUCAUCAAAAUUAUAAACUUCUGUGUAUCAAAGGACUUUACUAAGAAAGUGAAGAGCCACCCUACAGAAUGGGAGAAAAUAUUUAGGAACCAUAUAUCUGAUAAGGGUUUAAUGUCCAGAAUAAAGGAUUCACACAACUCAACAACAAAAAGACAAAAAAAAAAAACAAUUAAAAAAUGGGCCAAGGACUUGAAUAGGUGUUACUCUAAAGAAGAUAUACAAAUGAGCAGUAAGCAUCUGAAAAGAUGCUCAAGGUCCUUCGUCAUUAAGGAAAUACAACUCGAAACCACAAUGAGAUACCACUUCCACUAAGGUGGAUGUUGUCCAAAAAAAAAAAAAACAAGUGUUGGUAUGUAUGUGGAGAAAUUGGAACCAACUGUUAACCGAGAGGCUGGCAGUUUGAAACCACUAGCAAUUCUACAGGAGAGAGACCUGGCCAUCUGCUCCUGUAAAGAUUACAGUCUAGAAAACCCUAUGGGGCAGUUCUGCUCUGUCACGUGGGGUCACUGUGCAUCUGCUGGGGGAAUGGUCUACCUCUAAACCUCCCAUCCAGGCUGCCUAAGUUAGGGCCUUGUACCCAGAGCAUUCUCUGAUAAGAAGGCUGGGAAUUGGGUCACUUUCUCCCACUGCCUUCUCCUUGUCAGAGAAGCCUUCCCCCCAUUCUGAGCACACAGUAACUUUGUCUCUUGGACAUAUACAGACACCAUAUGCAACUGGCCAACCCCACUUCUGUAUCUGUUCCCAGCAGGGAGGGAAUGGGUCUCUUGUACUACAGCACAAGAGGGGGGAGCAUGCCAGAUUGUAAGAGCCAACCUAGACUGAAGGAGAAACAGAUUUUGCAAAGCCAAACGUGAGCGCCCUCAUGUGGUCCGCUAGUUCACUAUCAGUUGCUGAGUGACUCUCACAUAAGUCCCUGGCAUGUAGCCACUAUUGUCCACCUCCACUGUAAAAACCUCUGUCUUCCUACUGUGGGGCACAGAGAUCUGCUUUGGUCCUGUGGCUACCCAGGACUGCCUUGUAUGUAAGUCUCCCUAGUAAACUCCUUUGCAGCCACACACACAAAAAAAAGACAGGAAAGAAAGAAAACACCAAAAUGAAUGUGAGAAGAGGCUCUGAAGCUUGCUGUUGAACAUCAAGUAGCUAAAGCGAAAGGAUGAAACUAUGAAGUAAAAGAACUGAACAGAUGAUUUCGAAGGGUGACUGGAGAAGACAAAGUAAAGUGUUACAAUGACGUGUGCAAAAACCUAAAGUUAGAAAACCAAAAGGAAGAACACACUCAACAUUUCUCAAGCUGAAAGAACUGAAGAGAAAAUUCAAGCUUUGAAUUGCAAUAUUGAAGGAUUCUGUGGGAAAAAUAUUUUGAUGCACGAAGCAUCAAAAGAAGAUGGAAGGAAUACACAGAGUCAUAUAUCAAAAAGAAUUGGUUGAUGUUCAGCCAUUUCAGGAGGUAGCAUAUGAUCAGGAACCAAUGGUACCAAGGGAGACCCAAGUUGCACUGAAGGCACUGGCGAAAAACAAGACUCCAGGAAUUGACAGAAUACCAAUUGAGAUGUUGCAACAAAUGGAUGCUGCACUGGAAAUAUUCACUUGUCUGUGCUAAGACAUUUGGAAGACAGCUACCUGGCCAACCAACUGGAAGAGAUCCAUAUUUAUGCCCAUUCCAAAGAAAGGUGAUCCAACAGAAUGCAGAAAUUAUCAAACAAUAUCAUUUAAUAUCACGUGCAAGUAAUAUUUUGCUCAAGAUCAUUCAAAAGUGGCUGCAGCAGUACAUUGACAGGGAACUGCCGGAAAUUCAAGCCAGAUUCAGAAGAGGAUGUGGAACCAGGGUUAUCAUUGCUGAUGUCAGAUGGAUCCUGACUAAAAGCAGAGAAUACCAGAAAGAUGUUUACCUGUGUUUUAUUGACUAUGCAAAGGCAUUGGACUGCGUGGAUCAUAACAAAUUAUGGAUAACAUUGUGAAGAAUGGGAUUCCAGAACACUUAAUUGUGCUCUUAAGAAACCUGUACAUAGAUCAAGAGGCAGUCAUUUGAACAGACAAGGAGAUACUGUAUUGUUUAAAGUCAGGAAAGGUGUGCAUCAGGGUUGUAUCCUUUCACCAUUUGUAUUCAGUCUGUAUGCUGAGUAGAUAAUCCUAGAAGCUGGACUAUAUGAAGAAGAACGGAGCCAUCAGGGUCGGAGGAAGACUCCUUAACAACCUGCGUUAUGCAGAUGACACAACCUUGCUUGCUGAAAGUGAAGAGGACUUGAAGCACUUACUGAUGAAGAUCAAAGACUACAGCCUUCGGUAUGGAUUACACCUCAACAUAAAGAAAACAAAAUUCCUCACAACUGGACCAAUAAGCAACAUCAUGAUGAACGGAGAAAAGAUUGAAGUUGUCAAAGAUUUCAUUUUAUUUGUAUACACAAUCAACACCCAUGGAAACAGCAGUCAAGAAAUCAAAAGACGCAUUGCAUUCAGAAACCUGCAGAAGACCUCUUUAAAGUGUUAAAAUUAAAGAUGGCUCCUUGAAGACUAAGGUGCGCCUGACCCAAGCCAUGGUAUUUUCAGUCACCUCGCAUGCAAAAGCUGGACAAUGAAUAAGGAAGACCGAAAAAGAAUUGACACCUUUGAAAUAUGGUGUUGGAGAAGAAUAUUGAAUAUACCAUGGACGAACAAAUCUGUCUUGGAAGUACAGCCAGAAUUCUUAGAAGCAAGAAUGGUGAGACUUUGUCUCUCAUACUUUGGGCACAUUCUCAGGAGGCAUCAGUCCCAAGAGAAGGACAUCAUGCUUAGUAAAGUAGUGCGUCAGCAAAAAGAGGAAGACCCUCGAUGAGAUGGAUUGACACAAUGGCUGCAAUGAUUGGCUCAAGCAUAGCAGUUUUGUGGGGCUGUCGCAGGACCAGGCAGUGUUUCGUUUUGUUGUGCGUACAGUCACUGCGACAAGAUGGCAUAUAACAGCAAUAACAUUGGGCCUGUAUGUUGGAAAUACUAAAUAAUGGUGUGGUACUGUGCUGUCUUUUCUCAACUCUGUAUUCAAGGACGUGAACUUGAUAGCUUGAAAUUGGCUAUGGGGAAGGGGAGUAUUUACACUAAAAAAAUUGGCCUACCCUACAAAUGAAGCCUCCCCGUUCCAGAAUCUAUUGUUAACCAUUUACCAGCACACCACUGGCUGUAUGGUUCAGAAAAUUAUUCUGGGUAACUGGAAAAAUUAGAGUUAGACAAGAUGAUCUCCUGAGGCCUUUGAAUCCCCCAUCAGAACAAAGGCUAGCAAAUCUGCACAACCACUAUGCAAGCAUCUAAUGCAGAAGAAAAUACAUUUCUGGUCAUUUGUUGGAUGAAAUCAUUUUGAAUCAGUGGACAUCAUUUUCUGAACUUCGCUUAUGUUGUGUCUGGUACACGGGAUAAAGUGCUAGAACCCCUGUAGGACUGUCACAGUGAAGCCAGAUACCAGAAUAACCACAAAGCAACUUAAUUCUUAGUCCUAGAGAGGUAGGUAUUGGGGAGUCUGUAAAAACAGUGUUGGCAUUUGGAAACCAAGGGUUGACACAGCUCUUUCAAGCCUGGGGGUAAAAGAAAUCAAAUAAGCCCAAAGGAGCCUUAGGUUUUGAAACUAAGCUUCUGCCAGUUUUCAUUUGACUGCAACUACUUUCCUUUUUUAGUUAAUUGACUCUUGGCUGAGAAUUUGAAUUUCCACCCCAAAUUAUCACCUGGGGAUCCUGUUAAAAUGUAGAUUCUGAUUCAGUAAAUCUGAAGUGGAAAGGCAAAUCCUAGCUGCCACAGAGCAAUUAGUACAGGCUCUGAUUCUUUACAAGGGAGAAACUUGGAAACUGGGCUUGCUCAAACUUUUCUUUUAAAUAAAGUUUAUUUCCAAAAAUAACCAGUUGGAAGCCCUGUUUUAAGUACCUUCAAAGAUACUACUCUCUGUUAUGCGCGGACUAGAGAGAUCUGGAUGCUUCAGGGGUCCCAGCCCCUACCCGUUAUCCUUCAAAGGUUGUUUGUUCAUUUCUCACGACAAACAUUUAAUGAGGAUUUAUUGUGUGUGCCUUGUGCCAAGCUGGGAGAAAGAAACAGCCCUGCCCUCAAGGAACUCACAGUUCCUUGACAUAUUUGCAGUACACUGUGAUAACCUGAUUUAUUAGGUCCAGUGUGAAUACAAAGAAAAGAAUGAAUAUGCUGGGGAGUAGGGAUGGUGAGAGGAGCCCUGGUGGCAAAGUGGUUAAGAGCUCGAGUGGUUAAGAGCUCAGCUGCUAACUGAAAGGUCAGGUAGCUGGAACCCACCAGCCACUCCUCAAGGGGAAAAAGACUCAGCACACAGCCUUGCAUACCCCAUGUGCAGUUCUACUCUGUGCUGUAGGGUCGCUAUGAGUCAGAGCCAACUCCACAGUCAUGGGUUAGUUAGGGACGGUGUGUUUUAGGGACAGGGGACUUAAUGUAUUCAAGAUGCAAUCUAAGGUAGGAGUUGUCUCUGGGUGCAACUGAUUUGCACCAGGAUCUGUGCAACACAAUGAUGGUACCACCUUCACCAGUGGCAGUGGAAAUGUCCCGGGAGCCUAGCUGCCACAGAGCAAUUAGUACAGACUCUGAUUCUUUACAAGGGAGAAACUUGGAAACUGGGCUUGCUCAAACUUUUCUCUUAGAGUUUAUUUCCAAAAUAUCUCCCACUGGGUGUAGAAUCAAGUAACUUCAGACUGUGAGCAGCCACAGACAGGGAGGAAACCCAAGUAGGUUCAAAUACACCCCAAGCUUACCACCAGAUAGAUCUCAGCCCCAACCAGAUGCCAAGAGUUGACCUAAGUCAGAGGGUAAUUUGAUGGGGGGAACCAAGUGGGCCCAAAGCCAGGUGGGGUUAAAAAGAUACAUAUCGCAACAAGACUGCGAGACAAGUGUCCUGCAAGUCCUCUGUUGAGGUGGCUCAGCUGGUCACACUGAUCUUGCAAGCAGCACUCAGCUCUGAAAUUAACCUGUCUACUAAAUCGAAGGGGAGAAAAGGCAGAAGGGCUAGGACACAGCUAUCCAUCCCCACCCCCUGUCCUAUCCCUGACGUCAGGCUUGGCGUGGGUGGUAUUAAUCACCCCAGCCUGGUGUGCAGUUGAGGACAGCUCUCCUCCCAGCCCUUCCAACCCGGCUCUGGGAGCGUUCCACCAGCCAUGCACCUGCCGCUGGCCACAAACCCUCAACUCCCAGACAGGCACGGAUGCAGGCUGUCGCUGACAACACUCAAAGCCACAGUGCACCCUUUAAAACCCAGGCUGUGGUGGGAGGAGGGGCGGGAAGCAACAAAACGUGGUACUUACGCUUUCCUCCCAGGUGUGAAUUUCUCUAACCUCUGCAAUGUCCCUCCCCACGACCCUGCCCACAAUAGGAUGGUCAUUUCCUGGAGAUUUAAUGAGAAUAUAAAAUUAAUGGCCCAAAGAGCUCCUUGGAGCCGGUCAUUAAUUCCCCCAGGAAACACCCCAAGGUCUGUAAUCGAAAUUGCCUAAAUUAUAGGCCAGCGAUGCAUACCCACGCAGGGCAGGGGGCUAGGUGGGGGGUAGGCAGAUAUCGUCCCAUGUGG